AUGGUAUUGUUUAAACUGAAGAGAUUAAAUAGUAUUCCAUAUUACCUAACAUCAGUCUAUUUAUCACCUUUAUAUAAAUUAUCUACCAGAACUUGGCAAACAAAUAAAUCUACAUAUAAUUCAUAUAAAAGUAUAACCACUAGUUUAACUAAACCAAAUGUAAAUUCAUCUCAUGAUAAUCGACUGUAUAGAUUUUAUAAUCAUCAUUUUGGACUUGUAAUUGUUCCAGAACAAAUAGCUCUUGUUAUUGAGAGGUUUGGUAGAUUUAAUAGAAUAUUGAAUUCUGGUUUAAAUUGGCUUAUUCCAUUUGUUGAUAAGAUAGCAUAUGUACAUUCUCUUAAAGAAGAGGCAAUUCUAAUACCUAACCAAACAGCUAUUACAAAAGAUAAUGUGACUAUUCAAAUUGAUGGUGUAUUAUAUAUUAAAGUGGAAAAUCCACAUGCAACUAGUUAUGGAGUAGAUAAUCCUUAUUUUGCAAUAGUGCAGUUAGCACAAACAACAAUGAGGUCGGAAUUAGGCAAACUUUCCCUUGAUUCAACAUUUCUAGAGCGUGAUAAUCUUAACAAGUUUAUUGUUAAAGCUAUAAAUGAGGCAGCUCAAAUUAACUGGGGGAUUAAAUGUAUGAGAUAUGAAAUACGUGAUAUAAUACUACCUACUAGCAUAAAAAAUGCUAUGGAGAGGCAAGCAGAGGCAGAAAGAAAGAAACGAGCUGAUAUUUUAAUUAGUGAAGGCGAGAGAGAAAGUCGAAUAAAUUUAGCUUUUGGUAAGAAGGAAAGUGAUAUAUUACAUGCUAUAGGUGAAGCUAAGGCAUUAAAUGAAAAAACCUUAGCUAUCUCAAAGUCAAUUGAGACAAUUGGAAAACUUCUUAGUAAUGAUGAGGCAUCCAAGUUAUACUUAGCUCAACAAUAUAUACAAGCAUUCGGAAAUCUUACGAAAAAUAAUAACUCUACAAUCAUUGUGCCAUCAAAUAUAUCUGAUAUAUCUGGAAUGAUUUCUCAAUCACUCGCUAUAUAUUCUAAGUUAAAUAGUCAAUCUAAUAAUGUUACCCAAUAACACAUGAUACUCUAUAUAUUACAUAUCACAUAAAUUAAUUAUAAGGUGCAAGGAUGAAAUUUUAAAGACCAAAGAUAAUAUAUUGCUUUAUUACUUAG